UCGGAACACCGGCAGGUUAUGGGAAAGUCACCGUUUUGAAGCAUCCGACAGGAGGUUAAAUUAUUAAAAACAGAAAUGUGUAAACUAUCUGGAAUUCGUGUACCAUAACUACGGUUUGGUUACUUAAAACAAACGCUUUUUGAGUGAUCAUUUCUGUGCUGCUUUCUGCUGAAGCGUGAUGUAUCCAGAGCAGCCCAGACCGGGCCCCGCCCCACAGAGACGGGCAGAUUCACCCCCCGGGGGCACGUGGAGCACCGGCCUACUGCAGGGCCUCCUCCAGAGCGCCAGGCCUCCUCCCUUCUGCUUCCUGCUCCCCAGGGUCCAUGCAGCUGAUGUGGCUGCUGCCCAGCCCGCACAGAUGCCCUCUUCCUCUUCCUCCUCCGCCUCCUCCUCCUCCUCCUCUUCAACCAGUCCUCCACCCAUCCCCUCUCCCAGCGCCAUGUGGAGCAACAUGGGCAGGCCAGAAUUAACAGACACGGGAUGGGACCGCAUCAAAGACCUCUUUCAAAUGGAUGCGAAACACAUGUACCCUGAGGAGCUGACCAGCGUGAUAAAGAGCGGGGUGGUGGGUGGCCUGGCCGGCAUGCUGUACGGAGGCCUGCCUGCAGCCCGCCACGCCAGGCAGAGCUACAUCCAGAUCAGCCAGGCAGAGCUCUACAGCAGCCGAGUGGAGGCAGUGCGCUCAGCCCAUAAUGCAGCAAUCCGAGGAUUUGUGAGAUAUGGAUGGAGAUGGAGCUGGAGAGUGGCUGCUUUCGUCACGUUAUUCAACUCUGUCAGCACGGGGCUGUCCGUCUACCGGGACAAGAACGCACUCAGCCAUUAUGCCGCAGCUGGAGCUGUGACUGGAGGUCUGUUCAGGCUGAACCUGGGCCCGGGGGGGCUGCUGGCAGGGACCGUCAUCGGAGCGGUACUGGGGUUGCCCAGCGGCGCUCUGAUCGUCGGCAUGCAGUCGAUGGCAGGAGACAAUUCCAGAGACCGAAGGAGGAGAGAGCGCGGGGAACUGUACGAUCUUAAACUCGCAGAAUGGACGGACUGACUGAACGUGACAGAAGAACUGAUCGGAGAUCUGAACGUGGGCUCUCAGGGCAGAGGAAGCCAAUGAGGACAUGCAGAGGAUCCAGGAGCUGCUCAGUUUACCAAAGAAC